AUGCAUCUUAAUUAUGUAUAUGGCAUUGGAUACUUCCAUAGACUUCAUCCCAAAUCGAAGUUUAGUGUUGAAGAAGACGUCAAGCUCAAGAAAAUUGUUGAAGAGCUGGGCUCAACUAACUGGAAUCUUGUUGCGAAUAAAAUGCAGACAAGGAAUGCGCGUCAGUGCAGGGACCGCUGGGAAAAUUAUCUUUCCCCUACACUUAAUCGUGAUCCAUUCACGCUCGAAGAAGAUUUAAUUAUUUUGCAAAAAUAUAAUGAAUUUGGUGCUAAGUGGGUCAACAUUUCCAAAUUCCUUGUAAAUAGAACAGAUAUAAGCGUAAAAAGUAGAUGGAUGAUGUUGAAGCGCAGAAACAUCACAGCUGAGUCAGUUCAAGAAGCAAUUGAGAAGGAAGCAGCCGGACAAGAAAAGGCUCUUGAAGAAGAACAUAGAGAUAGGCAGGAGAACAUUGAUGAGGUCAUCACAAGAUUAUUUGAAAUGAGUGAGAUGGAAGAAUCUACAUUUUGGGAAAACUUGCUCUCAGAAUCAACCAUCCCUUUCGAAAUGUGA